AUGACAUCGCCAAAGUCGACCUUGAAAUCAAAGGCUAAAGCUCCAGCCUCAAUCUCUCAUCUUGCAGCUGCACCACUGAGUGCUCCUUCUUCAACACCUAUAGGAACAAUGCCACUGACUAAGGAGUCAGCCAUUAUAAGACUCCAGCCCAAAAGCAAGCGCGCUGCCUCACCUACUCGCUCUGAAGAUGCACCAGUCGAUACUUCUUCUUCAAUGCCUACAGAAACAAUUCCACCGACCAAAAAAUCAACCAAAAUAAGACUCCAGCUCAAAAACAAGCGCCCUGGCUCACCUGCCCCUUCUGAGGGUACACCAAUUAGUUCUUCUUCUUCUUCAACGCCUACAGGAACAAUGUCACUGACUAAGAGAUCGACGGAGAUAGAUAAUCUGCUCAAGAGAACUGCCGUUAAGCGCCCUUUUACAUGGCCACGACCACCUCCGUAUAUAUAUGAUCGUGAUUCUACCAGACCUCAUAGAAUGACACGAACAGAGGCACCGUUGGAGCCAGAGCUCCAGGGCCACGGGAACGAGGGUCUUUUGGGGGAAUAA